GAGCGGUCCGAGGUGGGAGGCGCACACGCGGGCUCCGGGAGCCCCUCCCGAGUCCCUGUGCCCAGCAUCCUGCGCCCUGCACCCUGCGGAAGGGCUGAGGCGGGACUCCAGGCAGCCAGGUGCGGAGGGAGCAGAGCGGACCACGGCCAAGGGUAGAAGCGAGUCCUGCAGGGAGCGAGGCGCUGCUGCUCCAGCUGCUGCCUCCGCCGCUGCCACCAGCGAGCCGGCGUCCAGAGCGGGCCGGCAGGCCGGCGCGGAGACGAGGAGCGAGGGGCGCGCUCAUGGAGCACACGCACGCCCACCUGCCAGCCAACAGCUCGCUAUCCUGGUCUCCCUGCGGCUUGGGCUUCGUUCCCGUGAUCUACUACAGCCUCUUGCUUUGCCUUGGUUUACCAGCCAACAUCUUGACGGUGAUUAUCCUCUCGCAGCUGGUCGCCAGGAGGCAGAAGUCCUCCUACAACUACCUCUUGGCCCUCGCGGCUGCCGACAUCUUGGUCCUCUUCUUCAUCGUGUUCGUGGACUUCCUGUUGGAAGAUUUCAUCUUGAACUUGCAGAUGCCUCAGGUGCCCAACAAGAUCAUAGAAGUGCUGGAGUUCUCCUCCAUCCACACGUCCAUCUGGAUUACAGUGCCGCUCACCAUCGACCGCUACAUCGCCGUCUGCCACCCGCUCAAGUACCACACCGUCUCCUACCCGGCCCGCACCCGGAAGGUCAUCGUGAGCGUCUACGUCACCUGCUUCCUGACCAGCAUCCCUUACUACUGGUGGCCCAACAUCUGGACGGAAGACUACAUCAGCACUUCCAUGCACCACGUCCUCAUCUGGGUUCACUGCUUCACCGUGUACUUGGUGCCCUGCGCCAUCUUCUUCACCUUGAACUCCAUCAUCGUGUACAAGCUUCGGAGGAAGAGCAACUUUCGCCUCCGUGGUUACUCCACCGGGAAAACCACCGCCAUCCUGUUCACCAUCACCUCCAUCUUUGCCACGCUCUGGGCCCCCCGCAUCGCCGUGAUUCUCUACCACCUCUAUGGGGCGCCCAUCGAGAACCUGUGGCUGGUGCACGUCGUGUCGGACGUCGCCAACAUGCUGGCCCUUCUGAACACGGCCAUCAACUUCUUCCUCUACUGCUUCAUCAGCAAGCGUUUCCGCUCCAUGGCGGCCGCCACGCUGAAGGCUUUCUUCAGGUGCCAGAAGCAGCCCGUUCAGUUCUACACCAACCAUAACUUUUCCAUAACGAGUAGCCCCUGGAUCUCGCCGGCCAACUCGCACUGUAUCAAGAUGCUGGUGUACCAGUAUGACAAAAAUGGCAAACCUAUAAAAGUAUCUCCGUGACCUUACAGGUGUGGCACCCAGUGCCUCUGUCUAAUCCAUUUCUAGAUGGGAGGGUGGCCCCACCUAAGGCUGAAUGGCGCUCCUUAAGAGCGCUAACCUGAUUUCCUGUCUUCACGGACUGAGCAAUGCUCAGACUGGUAGAGGAGAAAGGAUGGAAGAGAAGGAAGAUGAGCAUGAAUCUUGUUUCCAUUUGUGCAUUUAUUUUCACAAAGUCACCGUGACGGCUGAAGUUCCUACCGGUUUGAAGAUGGGACCAUCGGAGGUUGUGUCAUCAUCCUGUGGCCAGUAAGGACACACAGUAGAGAAGUAGUCUGUGACUUAGCCUUGGCAUCAUCCACAGUCACUGGGAACCAUCAUUUACGUGACCCAUCAAGUCGCAGUAGCACCAUAGCUGAGCCCACAGUCUUCUUCCAGGGGCUGAGGUCAUCCAUCACUUCCAGCAGCUAACAGUGCUGACCAAUUUGGGAUUUUUCCAAGGUGCCCCUUGUCCUAGACAGGGUUGUGGUAUUCAAGUGGCCCUGGCACCCACCCCUUGCUUUAAAAUGACACUGUGGUGUCAGGGACGGACUGAAUCCCACCUAGACUGUGGCCAGGGCUUCUGUGGAAAGGCCCCAAACCAACACCAACAUAACUCUGACCCUCAGACCUGAGGUCAAAGAUGCUAUCUUUCUAGUCGCCAUGAUGUAUAGAUUUUAUCUAGCUCCUCCAAAACAAAGACCCUGCCUGGUGCGCGGGGGAGGAAAGGAGAAUUUCUUGAGCCCAGGAAAACAAAAAACAAAAAGCCCACUCUUGCCAUUGUUUUUGACGCGCCCCCGUGUCAGCUUUAACUCAAAAUAUAGUAGCUUCUUGUUGCGACACCACUCAGGCUUCCUGGAGAAGCCCUUUACGUAUCUAGUUGCCAGCCCUGCCUCCUUGCUUGCUGAAGACCUCACCAAAUUGCUUUACCCGAAGUGACUUCUGAACUGGAUCUAACUUUUGAGGGUCGGGAACUGUAGCUGCCCAGGUGUGAAGGGAGACAUUCCCCACUCUGCCCCAUGGUCCAGCUGGCUUUGCAGACACAAUGGACAUGGCGCCCGUGUUGCCUGCUUGUCUGCCCUUUGACGCACGUGGCUCAGAAAGGUGGUGCCAGUUUCCUGUGAAGCUAUUUAACCCAGAUCCUUUGCAAAAUGAUAAAUCCUGAACUUAUUUUUCCCUGGCCUGUCCAAGGCAAGAGCAUUUCAAGGGGGUAAU